UAACCUCCAAAAUGUACUUGACAGAUAACCGGAUCUAAACCACCCCUCGAAAAGCCAUAAAAACCCCAGUGGUCACCAUGGCAGACGCCACCUGGAUCUCCAGCUCCCAGGGCUGCGCCCCACGCCGGCUCCCCCUGGAGGAAGUCUCGGAGCACCCCCUGAAGCCCUCCACCAUCGUCGCCAUCGAGUCAGGCCGCCUGGGUCUCCGCCGAGGCACCCUCCGUAGCACGAGCACCGCCUCUUCCACAGGAACCCCAACCCCAACCCACACCCCCUCGUCCCUCAUCGACCCCCUCUCCAACCCCUCCACCCUCGACGGCUCGGACCCCCUCACCCAGUUCUCCAAGGAAGAACUCGACCCCCUGUCCAAGAUGGCGGCGGACGAGUGGGACUACUCCCCGAACCUAGUUCCCCCAGGGAAGAAGCCCCGAGAAGCCCCCGAGGAUCACCUCCAGGAGCCCUGGUCCACCUGGCGCUCCUCCAUCCUCACCAAGUACACCACCUCCGAGAAACUCUCCAUCGUCACGUCCUUCCUCUCCGGUGGCGAGAAAAUAGUCAAAGUCCAGGCCAACACGCAGCUGGACAAAGUGAAGACCCGUCUGGAGCAGCUGGACGACUUCGAGGAAGGGUCGGUCCGCCAGAUGCUCGACCUCUCCCAGCAGGAGUACGCCCUGAGAACAGAGCAACUUAACACCGAACUGGUGCAGGCAUGGCACUCGGACCAACGGGUGAAGGCCCUGAAAAUAGCUAUUCAGUGUGCUAAACUCCUGGUGGACACCUCCGCCAUGGCUUUCUACCCCAGCAAAUUCGUCCUCAUCACUGACAUCCUCGACAUCUUCGGGAAGCUCGUCUACGAGAGGCUCAAGGUCAAGGCGGAUUAUUACAAGCCCGGGAGUAAGGUUCCCACCAGCCUCCCCGAUAACUUCACCCCGGACAUGGUGCCGGAGAACGCCAAGGAGACCUGCAGGAACUGGUUCUACAAGAUCGCCUCCAUCAGAGAACUAGUCCCAAGACUCUACGUAGAGAUGGCCAUAAUCAAAUCCUACAGUUUCCUGACAACGAGCGAAUUCAACACAGCCCUAUUGAGGAUCACCAGAAUGAUAAGGGGAAUUGGGAAUCCCCUAAUUGCCGUUUACGCUCGGUGCUACCUCUGCCGUGUGGGAAUGGCCCUACACAGAGACUCGGACUUCGUGAAGGAGAAUUUUUACGAUUUUCUCCUGACAUACCACCAACUCUUCAGCCACUCAACGAAGAUGGAGCUCAACCGACAGAACAUCUCGCUGUUUUCGUACUUGAACCUGUACACACCAGCUCUCGAUUGGAUCCUGCAGAUGAUGACCAGAUCCGCCACCCCUGAGAGCUUCCUGGGAGAAGUUCUCUCGAAAUGCAAGCAACAGGACAAUGGGGCCUUGCUCCUGAACGCUAUCCUAGGCGCCUCCAAGCCAGCCUACAUCGCCUCCAGGUGCACAGAAUUCGUCAAAUUAAUUUCCGACUGCAGUGACGACGGAUACCCCCAGUACAUCCUCUACAGAUCCCUCGGCGAGUGCUUGAUCCAGGAAUCCCCCUCGAAGACAAAUUGCCAAGAAGUCUACGAUGUUGUCUUCAGGUACAUCAUCAACCUGGGUGAUCCUGGAAAGUUCAUGCACUGCACUGAGAUCUGGAUUCAGUUCGUGGUGCAGCACUUCACGACGAAGGAGAUAAACGAGUACCUGGGGGAGAUAAUUUCGCACUUAAGUGGCAAUCGAGAGUUCCAGCACUUCUACCCCCAGCUGCAGGGAAUAAUCGACAAGAUUGUCUCCGGGUCGCAGGAGUUCGAGUCGUUGCUGACGAUGGAGAAUUUCCUUCCUCUCGUGGACCUCUUUCACAAGGAGUCCAUCAAGGUGGAGGUCUGCAAGAGCAUCAUCGAGAGGUUCACGAGUCAGAGUAACCCCGGACCGAUUACAGAUCCCAUUAUAAUCAACGCCCUGAUGUUCAUCGCCAGGAUCAUGCACGAUUCGGUCUCUGCGUUGACGGUUGACGACGAGAAGAGACAGAUCGGAAACUUGAUAUGUCUCCUGGUGCAGAGGGUGGACUAUGGAAGGGACUUCGAGAAGCAGUUGAAUUUUUACGCUGAAGCCAGAGCAGCCUUUCCUAAUCUGGACUCGGUGCACGUGCAGCUGGUGCAGUGUGUGAACAGGCAGGCUGUCGAGACGAGGAGGAUCGUCAGGGGCCACCACACGAGGAGGACUUCGGCCUUCGUGAGGGCCUGCGCAGCCUUUUGUUUCAUCACGAUUCCUUCCCUGAGCCAGGUCCAGAUAAGACUGCAGUUGUAUUUGCUGUCGGGGCAGGUGGCGCUGCUGAAUCAGUGUCUGGGCCAGGCCGACGCCUGCUUCAAAGCUGCCCUGAGUCUUGUCCCUGAGAUGGAGAAGACUCUGGAUGUCGAGGGGAGGGCGAAGAACUCGGAGCCUUAUCUCGUUUCGUACCUCUCGAAUUUUCUGUCGACUCUGCUUGUCGUGCCUGAUAGCCCUGAGCACGGGGUGCUGUACCUCAUGAGGGGGUUGUUGAACGUCGUCCAGAGGUGCUUUGAUGAGCACAGUGGAAUGAAGUACCAGGUGUACUUGAGGGUCUUGGACCUGCUGUCCACAGUCACCAGGGAGAGCUAUCCCUACCACGUCGACAAGGUGGAUUCCAAUGACAAAUUGUACGGGAGUGAUGAGAAGUUCAUCAACGAGGUGAACAAGAUCUGCACCAAGGUUUUGGAGGAGAUCCUGGAACACCUGAAGUAUCUGGGGGCAAAUGACAUGUUUGACAAACAGUCGAACUUUGCUCUUGAGGUGUUUGGGAGGCUCCUGAUGAGGGCUGAUCUCCGGCAGUCGGGGAUGGCGAACAUGGCGGUUAGCUUGUGGAAUCUGUCGUUAAAGCAUGGCUGUGUCGAUUCCAAGUUGAGGAUGAGGACUGUUGAGUAUAUGAAGAGGAAGAAGAGAUGCCCGGAGUUUGAGCAUUUCGGGGAGAUCUUGAAGAGAAUUAGUCAUUAAGGGAGACUGAGUUUUCAUGAGAUUUUAUUGUAUUUGUAUGGUUGUAUAUAGAGGAUUCAAUGGUGGGCGGAAGACGUCGGAUGCUUGUCAUGAAUUACAUUAAUUAAGGGUA